GUCGCGCCCCCCUAGGGGGUCGCGGAGGUAUUGCAGGGGGGUCGCGGGGGAGGGGUACGGUUUGCGUGAACUGCAGAACCGCGUCUGUUGUUAAGGUGGCACGUAAUACAGUUGUUUAGUCUACAUGCCACCAUGAGCCUAUACCACCUUAACUAACGGACCACUCACCCUGGGGUGCGUUUCCCAAAAACGUUUUGAUAACAGUAGCCAUGCGUGAGUCUGAGAACUGAACAUUUUAAAAUGGAAAAGUUUUUAACAGCGGGUCCAAUCAAGCGUAAGCCUACUUUACAGUACGAGCCAUCAAGCACUCCGACUCAGAAAAAGACGAGGAGAUAUGACGAGGUGUACAUCGGGCUGGGCUUCACUAGUACGCUGGUAGGUGGUGAGGAAAGACCGCAGUGUGUUCUAUGUUUAAGAGUGCUAGCCGCUGACAGUCUAAAACCCAGCAAGCUUAAACGUCACCUGGAGACCACACACCCUGAGCAUAAAGACAAGCCGGCUGAUUUCUUUCAGAGAAAAUUAAAUAACUGUCGUAUCCAACAGACUAGUUUCGUAAAAUCUGCGUCUGUCCCUGCCAAUGCUCAGCUUGCCUCCUAUAAAGUGGCCUACCGUGUCGCACAGUGCAAAAAACCACACUCAAUAGCUGAGGAACUGAUACUGCCCUGUGCUAUCGAUAUGGUUGCCACUAUGAUUGACGAGGCAACAGCAAACAAGUUAAAAGUGAUUCCCCUCUCUAACAACACUGUUGGGAGACGCAUACUUGAUAUGUCAAGUGACAUAGCGGAGCAGGUCAACGAUAUGGUGCGUGCAAGCACCCGGUUUGCUCUGCAGGUGGAUGAAGCCACCGACAGCAACAAGGACUGUUUAUUAAUCACAUACGUCCGAUUCAUUGCUGCAGGGGACAUGAAAGAGGACCUGUUGUUCUGCAAAAAACUUAAAACGCGAGCCACUGCUGAUGAACUUUUCAAAGUAAUUGACACUUACUUGCAAGAGGCCAAUCUGAAGUGGGAGGGUUGUGUUGGGGUGUGUACAGAUGGGGCUCAGGCAAUGGCUGGGAAGCACAACGGGCUCCAAGCGCUCAUAAAGCGUGUGUCGCCCAACGUUCAUUGGACUCACUGUAUGAUCCAUCGAGAAGCGUUGGCUUCUAAACAGCUGAGUCCCGAAUUGAACGAGGUGAUGACGGACGUCAUUGCCACAGUGAACUACAUCAAAACGCGCCCUGUUAAGGCCCGACUUUUCUCUGCGCUAUGCGAGGAAAUGGGAUCCAAUCACACAGCUGUUUUGUUUCACAGCGAAGCGCGAUGGUUGUCACGUGGGAAGGUUCUGUCCAGGGUAUUUGAGCUGCGGGAGGAAAUUCGGAUUUUUUUGGAGGAGGAGGGUCAUGACCUCGCGGUUAACUACAGUGAUGAAAAUUUUCUUACGAAAGUUGCCUACCUCAGUGACAUGUUCCAGAAAUUAAAUGAACUAAAUCUGCAGAUGCAAGGAACCAACACCCACCUUCCGCAUCUUGCAGAUAAAAUAAAAUCAUUUUCAAGGAAAUUGGAAAUGUGGGAGCGGAAAAUUGGGGAGGGAAACAUAGACUCAUUUCAGAACCUUCAUGCUUUUCUUGAAUCCAACAACAUUCAGAACACAAUCGUGCCUUGUAUGAGAGCACACAUCUCUGCCCUACAACAACAUUUUCAGAGGUAUUUUUCAGUGAAGGAUUCAGCACAAUAUGACUGGAUCCUAGACCCCUUCACUGCAGCCGCACCUACUGACUUCAGCACUGCUGAAGAGGAGCAGUUCAUUGAUAUCACAUCAGACUCCACACUGAAACUGCAGUUUCAGGCCAAGUUACUGACUGCAUUUUGGAUUGGGGUGGAGGAGGACUACCCACUAUUGGGUGGAAAGGCAAUGGCAGUAUUACUCCCUUUUGCCACGUCUUAUCUUUGUGAGGUGGGCUUUUCUGCAGUGGCCUCCAUAAAGACCAAAUACAGGUCAAAGCUGGACAUUGAGAAUGAACUGAGGGUGGCCAUCUCACAGUUGCCACCACGAUUUGAAAAGAUCUGCAGUUCAAAGCAAGCCCACACUAGUCACUGAGAUGUAUGAAAUAUUUUAUGAAAAAACAAAUCUGGGGUAUUUUUUCAAAUUCAGUGCAGAUGUUAAAAAGAUGAAAUAGGUUCAAAGUUGUACAAUUUAAAAGUAAAUGUAAGUUACUUUUUUUGUUAUUUUGUCACUCAAGAAGAGAAGUUGCAGUUGCAAAGUUGUUAAAACAGUGCUGUUGCACACAAAACACAUGAAUACAUGUUAUUUUGAAGUGUCUUGUAAUGGUGAUUAUGCCCUUAUUGUUUAUUUGUACUGUUUGCGUGAAUUUCAAAAUACAUUUUCAAGAAACUAAAAGUUUCGGUGUUUAGGGGGGGCUCCAAAAUAUGUUUAGGUCUUAAAGGGGGUCCCAGCAGAAAA